CCUCUUCCGCCGGUGCCGCUGCCAGCAGCGCUGCGAUGCUCACAAGGUUCCCACUGACAUCGCUCCGAGGACGGACAGCAGGCGGCUCUCCAGCCCGGCACUGCGCGCAGCACAAGUUGAGGUGAUUCAGACGAGCAGAAUGUGCCAGAAUCCUUGAAGACGGACUGAAGGCCUUGGAUAAUACCCGAUCUCCUUUGAUUGUUGUUCGUGCACCAGGUGCCAUGGCCUGUCUCAUAAGAGCUGAAGUAGCACUUCUGAGGUGUGCGUUGCUUUUUCUCUACCUGAGUGUCUGCUUGUGUCAGCGUGACUGCACUGGCGUGGACUGUCCCCAGCUGGACAACUGUAUUGAAGAAGCGCUGGAGAGUGGCAGCUGUUGCGCUUCAUGCUUACAGAAAGGAUGCACAUGCGAGGGUUACCAAUACUAUGAUUGUAUCAAUGCUGGAUUCAAGAAUGGCAAAGUGCCAGAGGGAGAUUCUUACUUUGUGGACUACGGCAGCACAGAGUGCUCCUGCCCUGCGGGAGGAGGCCGGAUCAUCUGCCACUUCAUCAGCUGUCCUGACAUGCCACCAAACUGCAUCGAUGUUUCAGAGCCUGCAGAUGGCUGCAUGCAGUGCGAACGCAUCGGGUGUGCCCAUAGCGGGCAAAAGUACGAGGCUGGACACUCCUUCCACGUUGACCCCUGCCGGGUCUGCCACUGCCCCAAUGAAGGGGGGGAGCUGAUCUGCUACCCUGUGCCUGACUGUGAUCCAAAGGAAGACCAUAAACCCAUGUCAGCUGCGACCACAGAGGAGGACACAGCCAGCAGGCGUGACGGUUACCCCUACAAGUACGACCAACAAGGCCAUACCGAUCAGCUCUCAACACCCUACCACCUUCUGCCUAAUGGAAAUCUUCCUCUCUUCAAACCAUCACCAUUUGAUAAGGAGGAGCCAGAAGACUAUGAUUAUGGUCCUACAGACCUUCCACAGGCCUUCCCUCAAUCUCUGGUCUUCCCCACCCAGUCGUUCUUCUCAGACAAGGUCAUAUCUAAGUCUGGAGGCUCUGACACGCCUGACAGACCCUCUGCCAUUCCGAGUUUUGACAGACCAAACAAGCUGGAGCUGAGAGAGCGAUAUGGAGUCCAUGACCAUCCUGCAUACAAAGAGGAAGUGACAGAUGAUCCCCUGAGAGAACCGCAGAGCACUGUCAGGCCACAUAUGUAUGAGGACACCACUACUUCUUGGCAGCCCUCACAGGGUCUGACAAGUGCGCAGAGUGUCUCAUUCAGGGAUCAGAAUACACAGACAGAAUCAGAGAAUCUAUCGCAUGCACACAGGAGUUUUGGGAGUGACGAAUUUCCACUGAACCAUAGAUUUGAGGUUAAAAAACACCCAGAGUACACUGAUAUGAGUUCAGAGAGUCCAAUACAUAAUCAGAGACGCUCUGAGACUCAGACGCAUCGCCAAAAUGCAUUAGAUAGGGUUAUGCCCAAAGGUUCAAACGGUCACAUCAAUGAUAGUCAUCCAGUCAGAGCUACCGAGAUUCAAUCCAAUCAACAGAGACGAUCAGAUGAAGUGAAAUUUCCAAUGUACACAGUCAAAAGUCCAGAGAGCCCAAUCCGUCCCCGGGGAAGUUCAAAUGGUCAGAACGAAUUCCAGGGUACAGUCGCACCAGACAGUGAGGAAGGGGCGAAAGCAGCAGAAGAAGAAAAAGAAGAAGAAGAAGAAGGAGAAGAAAAAGAAAAGAUAACUUUUCAGAGUGUAACUGAUGCUGGAGGAAAGAAUGUGCCCUACAAGACAAACUCAGCACUAGAGUCCGAGAGCAGCGACUCGACCAACAGGCACAAGAAGAUUACACCCAAGCCCGGCACCAUCUCCCCCAGGGGGCCUGUAGACCAUACAACCCCUAUGGUCCGUUAUCUCACAUCCACCACUACGCAGCUGCCGGUUGGGGUCAGUCUCUAUGAGAGCAGAGAGCCAGGUCAAAGGCUGUUUGACCUUCACAGUGAAGACAGAGAGCAGGUGAAGGAGGUGAAGGAGGAGGAAGAGGAGGAGGGGAAGAGUGAUCGACCUGUUUUACUCAACAUACCUGAUGAAGGUCCAGGUGCUCCUGCUGAGGAGCUGCUGCAGAGCUGCUGCGCUGCUGGUCAGAGAUGGUUCGCUGAAAACCUCCACUGCAACCUCAUGCCUCUGCUGACCAAUGACAAGCACUCUGUAUGCAGUGUUGUACAGAAUCACUGCUGUCUCAGCUCAGUGAAGGAGAGCCAGUGUGACACAGGUAUGACUUCAGCCAGACGAGGGGACACGUGUGAAGUGGAUCAGGAGGAUCAGUGCUCAGGCGACUCCUUCCAGGUGUGCUGCAGCUGCUGUGCCCUUGGCUUACGAGUGCGCGGCGAAGGAAGGGGCUGUGAUGCUCACCAGUACCUGAGCUACCCGUGUGGUCACGUCUUUCUCACCUGCUGCGAGGAAGAAGAAGGUCCCAGCCAGAUGCCGCUGAAGAGAAAGCAGAAACCCAGACCAACUCCUAUGCCAAAAAAAGUCUCAGACAGCAAGUACCCCAAAGAGGCCUAUUCCAUCAGUGCCACAGAUGAAGCUGCCAACGUGGUGAAUGAGCAGGAGGAUGUGGAUGAGUGUCAGCUGUACGCCGGCCAGUUGUGCCAGCACAAAUGCACCAACAUGUGGGGUUCCUACCUCUGUGACUGCCACCAGGGUUACAUCCUGCAGAAAGACCGACACUCCUGCGCACCAGUGAGUCCUGAUGAGGACAACAGAGUCAGAGAGGACAGUCCUGCUGUGGUCCCAACACAGACCACUACGACCAGUACCACCACCAGCAGCCCUGUCCGCCUCAAUCCCUGUACAGAAAAUGGUCCCUGCAGUCAGCAGUGUACAGCAGUGGCAGGCCAGGCUCGCUGCUCCUGCUUCCCAGGCUUCUCACUGAUGACAGAUGGACGCAUGUGUGUAGAUGUGGACGAGUGCGUGACCAACACCCACAGCUGUCGGCCCAGCGAGCGCUGCGUGAACACAGUGGGCUCAUUUGUAUGCGAGCUGCAGGUCACUUGUCCUGCAGGCUACCAGCUGAGGAACGGCGUUUGCGAGGACAUUGAUGAAUGUGUGCUGCGGACCCAUAACUGUGGUACGGGCUUCGUGUGUGACAACACAGUGGGCUCCUUCCUGUGUAAUGCCAAACACAAGUGCAUCAGCGGCUUCACACAGGACUCUCAUGGAAACUGCAUUGACAUAAAUGAGUGUAAGAGCCUGAGUGAGCCGUGCAGCUCCGGCUUUAACUGUAUCAACACUGUGGGCUCCUUCACGUGCCAGCAGAAGAUCAUCAUGUGCAGCCACGGAUACCACGCCAGCCCCGAUGGAGCCAAGUGUGUCGACACUGAUGAGUGUCAGAUGGGGACGCACCGCUGUGGAGUGGGCCAGAUCUGUCACAACCUCCCUGGCAGCUACCGCUGUGACUGUCAGACGGGCUACCAGUAUGAUGCGCUCCACAAAGUCUGCACUGACGUGAAUGAAUGCUGGCGCUAUCACGGCAGGCUGUGUGCCCAGACCUGUGAAAACACCCCAGGCUCCUACCACUGCUCAUGCACGGCUGGCUUCUCGCUAGCAUUCGAUGGCAAGAACUGUGAAGAUGUGAAUGAAUGUGACAAAAGUCCCUGUAGCCAGGAGUGCACCAACAUCUACGGCUCUUAUCAGUGCUACUGUCGCCAAGGCUACCACCUGAAAGAGGACGGACACACCUGUGAAGACAUUGAUGAGUGCUCUCAGAGCAUUGGGAACCUCUGCUCCUUCCAGUGUGUUAAUGUUGCUGGCAGUUAUCAGUGUUCCUGUCCUCCUCAUGGAUACACCAUGUUGGCCAAUGGACGCACCUGCAAAGACAUUGAUGAAUGUACAACUGGAACCCACAACUGUUCACAUGCACAGACCUGCUACAACCUGCAGGGAGGCUUCAGAUGUCUCUCCUUCAACUGUCCUCAGAAUUACAAGAAGGUUUCAGACACACGCUGUGAGCGGACCAGCUGUGCCAGCAACUCCUUGGAUUGUCAGAACACUCCUGUGCGGAUCACAUACUACCAGCUCAGCUUCCAGACCAACAUCAUCAUCCCAGCCCAGAUCUUUCGAAUUGGACCCUCACCCGCCUACUCCGGCGACCAAAUUGUCAUCAGCAUCACCAAGGGCAACGGGGAGGGCUAUUUCAGCACCAGGAAGCUAAACAGCUUCAUGGGCGCCGUCUACCUGCAGAGAAAGGUGCGCGAGCCCAAAGACUUUCUAAUAGAUGUGGAGAUGAAGCUGCUGAGGCAGGGGACGCACACCUCCUUCCUAGCCAGGAUAUACGUGUUCAUCACAACCAGCACUAUGUAACACCAACAUGACAGAGACAAUUUCGUAUGGUGCUAAAAAAAAUGUAUGUGCACACUCUUUUUAUAAUGCCUCCCCAUAUUCAAACUUGUUCAAGUAUCUUGUAAAACAGCUUUUCUGCAGAAAUUCUCUGACAAUCAUGUUUCCUGAUAAACCAAAGUCAUUUUCAGCUCAACUCUUGCUCAUGCCACAAUGCACCAGUGUUGCUAUGGUCUGCUGGAGUUGUUUGUUGGCAUGUCUGGGUUGGUGGUUUGUGCUCUGCUCUAGUGUCUAUAAACCCCCACUCUUUGACCUCCCUUUGUAAAUCUCAGUUUUCAUUACAAUGAUUCCUGGAACCCUCUGCAGCACUAGAAGUUAAGGGCACUUGUCACAGUGUAGCCCCGAAACUGGAUGUCUCUGACUUUCAUCUAUCUAAGGAAAGGUGUGUGUGUGUGUGUGUGUGUGUGUGUGUGUGUGUGUGUGUGUGUGUGUGUGUGUGUGUGUGUGUGUGUGUGUGUGUGUGUGUGUGUGUUUGCGUGCGUUUGUGCGGGCAGGUGGGUGCUAAAUAUGGGAGUAAAAUAAGUUCCAUUUACUUUAAAUGAAAUAUAUAUAAUUUAAAGUAAUAUUACCAAAUGAUCAGCGAUUAAAGGAACAUUAGAGAUCUCCAUUUACAUGAUUUCAGUCAUUAUUGAUGUAAUACUUGUGAUUCACUUUCGUUAAUGCUGAGCCUCAGCAAUCAACACCCACUUUUCAUGUGGUUAGAAGAAUGUAGACGAUCAGUUUAAUAGUAAUAAAAUAUUAUUUUUGAUAUGUGACCUGAUGAAAUGUAAGUGUUGUAAGUGCUCUUCAGCACUGAGAGUAGCACCGUAGUGUUACUGAUGAUCAUUGUAGUGUUACCUGUCAUAUUCCUUACUGUAUUACUGAACAUAUCAUAUCUUUCUAUGUUUCUGUGUUGUAAUUAUCUCAGGGUGAAAAUCAUGCGAUCUUAUUCCUGUGUCGUGUGCAGCAAUAAACUCAGUCAGCUGUUGUAACUCCAGACUGGCCUCACACAACACGUACUGUUUCAGCUGUAACAUGACAUGUAUAUCCAUAAACCAAUCAAUAAAUCAUGAUCAAACUGUUGCCACUGGCUCAGUAAAAGUACAUAUGUACAUCAA